AUGCCCGACGCGCACGAAAUGGGGGCGCAGUCAGGGCGGUACGCGUACCCGUCACGGGAUGGGUCACCGGAGGUGGGCGAGUCCGUGACGGGGCCGUCACCUUCGUCCAUUGACCUCAACCGUGCGCCGGCGAACUCCAAAGGCCCCAAGCACCUGGGAGCAGCAGCGAUGGCCGGUGCACGCAACCUGCUCGACGAUUUGUCGGCCGAGCGCGCGCAGCCACCGUUGCAGGCACCGUCCACCGUGCAGGCCCCUCCGUUCCCGCAGACAAUGCCGACGCCCAUGCCAUAUCCUUCGACACAGCAGGCUCCCCAGCCACCUCCCAUUAACACACAGGAGGACACCACUGCUUGUCCCGGCAGCAUUAACAUCGAGGAGGAGUCGUUGUUCACUCAGGAGCUCACACAAGCCGCAACUGCACAAGCUCGAGCUCGACGGGUAAGCAAAAGAACCACCAACUACACGGAGAAGGAGGACAAGCCAUUUGAGAGCGACCGCAGCGAGACAUCGCUCCAAAAGAGGUUGGGAGCAAUUCAAACGGAAUGCAACAAGUUCCAGGCGGUGUAUGAUCACGUGAAGCGGAUUCCUGUUAGUGGCAUGGGUGUGAAGGACUUGGUAUGA